CCCGUGUGUGUUGGUGUACUCUGGUUAUGAAUAGAAGGAAAAAUGGAGGUUAAAGGGAUUUUACGUUGAAGUUUUUUCCAAGCACACUUCUUUAGGAAGGUCUCGAGUAUUAUACGAUCAAGAUGACCUUCAUAUCCGUCUCUUGCUUCCCUAUGAGGAUAUCAAAACAGACCACUUGGAUGUGGCGAUGUAUUGGGGAAAGGAUAACUACAUUGGUGAAUGCCGCGUGCCGCUGAGUGAGCUUAAACAGGCUGAAGAGCAGGAGAACGUACUUCAGUUGAGAGGAAAGUGGUGUAAAAUGACGGAGUUGGCGUGCUCUUCGGUGCUGGUCUACACGAAAUCGGCCGUGAAUGAGCAGGUGAUCUCCUCUGUCGAUGAUGUGGCCACGCCUUCGGCAACUCUCCAGCCUGCUGCUCAGAUUGCCGCCCAGUCCGAAGCCCAGCCGGCCAUUCAGCUUGAAGCCCAGCCAGCCAUUCAGCUUGAAGCUCAGCCUGUUGCUCAGCCCGAGGUGCAGACGGUUCAGUACGCUCAGCCUGUCCAGUAUGCUCAGCACGCUCAGCCUGUCCAAUAUGCUCAGCCUGUCCAGUACGCCCAGCCUGUUCAGUAUGCGCAGCCUGCUCAAUACGCCCAGCCUGUUCAAUACGCCCAGCCUGCUCAAUACAGUCCUCAUUCUCCUCAGUACGCUGCUCGCCCCGCAGAGGCCGUCCAGAUCGUGUCCGAGCCCAUUUCGCAAGCCCAUGUGCUUCCAACAAAAUCGCUCUUGGUCGAUUCCUACAAUCCAGAGCCUGAUAACAGUAAUAUUCACGUCACGACGCUGGAUGUGACGGAUUAUUGCCCCACGCAGACUCCGUCUGUUAUCGAUACCACGGCUGUCAUCGAAGAAGAGCCGCCCAUUCCAGAGCUGCCUCCGACUCAGACCGUGUUCUAUACCUUGAACAGCAGUUUGAAUCAGAGCCAAGAACCCAUUCUGAUCCAGUCGCAAUCCAUUGAAGAACCCCAGCACCCAAAUGGUCUUCAAAAGCCAGAAGCGCCACAGCAAUCAGCUCCGGCUCAUGCCAUCUUCCCGACCGUUGUUCCCUCCGCCACGCCUUCUCACCUCUCCAAUCCCUCUCCACGCUCCUCUCUGUCGGUCCCUUCGCUCGUCAAUCCUCAUCGCUCAUCGCUGCCGGAAGCUCGACGGUCCUCCACGGCCACGCUCACCACGCCACGACUCACAAACCCUCUCGCUUCGGCGGUCAACCCGGCUCCUCUCCAGGAUGGAAGCCUCGUGCCUGACAGCAAAGCCUCCACGAUGUCGCAGCAGGUUCCUUCGCUGCACGCCACGCCGGUGUCCGCGAUUUCAAAUCAAUACAGCUCGACGCCGAAGUCGAUCUCGCCUGUCCAGCCGAUUCCGAGCUUCCAUAUUGAUCUUCCCAACGCCGCCAAAUCGUCCAAACCAGCUCCAAUUCCCGAUGGAAAGCUCGCUGGAGGCGGCGUGAUUGUCAUUGAUGACGCGAAUGACGUCUUGAUGAAGGAAGAUGCGUUUUUAGAUGCGUUGGUGCCGGACGAUGUCGAGCUCAACAGUGUUCUAAAUGAAGGAGUUUAUCCUACUGUGCAUUCAACUCAGCAUGCACAGCCUCCUUCUGAGACGGUUCCCGUCGUGGUGAACCCUGCUCCCGAGUCCGUGUCCAAUCUGGCACCAGUCUCCAAUCUAGCGACUGUAUCGCGGGUAGCUCCCGCUGUGAUACAAACUCCUACGGUGGUGCACGGUGGGUCGUCUCUGCGGGUGGAUCUGAGCGAGACGCCUUCACUGUUCGAUGGAGGCAUUCGAAUGGACAUGCUGCCUGAUGUGCCUACACAGGCGCCCAUCGCGAUCGGUCCUUCUGUGAUUAAUGUCCACUACAGUGACAAUAAUCGAGUAACUGUAGUUCCAGAAUGA